GCUCUGUGACUGUCUCUUCUGCCUGUGUGGUCUCCGCACUGUAGGAUUUGGGGUAAGACACUGAAAACGGGGGAAAUCCAUCUCCCUUUUUCAGUCUUCUCGGCAACUUUACGCAUGUGUCUCCAUUCCGAGUUCAAUCAACAUCACAUCUGAUGUUGUUUUCCGCUUUUUGAGCACGACUUCACCCGCUUCCUACCCGCCACGCAGGGCUGUAAAAGAUUUAAAUUUGAACUAGAUGUUUGUCAGCCUCAGCCGUUUUGUUUUCCAGCUCUACAUACGCUGGGUGAUUAGUGGACACGUUCCGAGCUGCUCCGUAUUGAUUGUGUUAGAUGCUAUCUCCAUGUGAGUUGCUGCUAAUUUCUUCCAUUAUAAUAUUACAUCCACAGGGAAACCCCGUCGGCCAUUGGGCAUUUUGACAUCACAUGGACGCGCCAUCACGUGGUCGGAGAAGCAAUGGGAUGUAGGGGAGGAAAAGUGUGGGGUGGGGUGAUUUUUUGUGUAAAUCUAGACAGUAACACCGCGCCAAUAAUUCACAGUCCCUCGUAAAAAGCCGACAUUAAACCGCCCCGGGUCUACAAAUCAUCGGCGCCAAAAUAUGAGUUCGCUGUACUUCGCCAACGCGCUGUUUUCCAAAUACCAACAAGCUGCCGCGAGCUGCCCCGCUCUGCUCUUGACAGACUCUCAAACUUCUCCCUCCCCGUCUUCAUCUGCUUCUCCUGCCGUGUCUUCCUCCUGCGCCCUCGUGUCCAGCGGAUAUCAACACCAUCAUGUCUCCAGUGAGAGAGGCAGAGAAGUGCGCACAGGAGGUGCUUUUAACUCGCCGGGAGCUGGGCCGCUGUGCUCUGCUCUGCAAGGGCAACCCGCGGAGAGAUUCCCCGGUCGGCCUCAGCUCUGCUCACUGGCUGCAAGUUUUCCUGAGGCGGCCUGCAGGAGGCAGAGUAGCCCGGGGCAGCGGCAGCCAAACGACGAGAGGCUGCGGAUUUACCCCUGGAUGAGAAGCUCAGGUCCGGACAGGAGGAGGGGACGGCAGACGUACACGCGCCACCAGACGCUGGAGCUGGAGAAGGAGUUCCACUUUAACCGGUACCUCACGAGGAGACGGAGGAUAGAGGUCGCGCAUGCGCUGGGCCUCACGGAGCGGCAGAUCAAGAUCUGGUUCCAGAACCGGAGGAUGAAGUGGAAGAAGGAGAAGAAGGCGGCGGAGGGCGGAUCCCCAACAGCAGCACCUGGAGAGGAGGAGGAGGAGGAGGCUGAUGAAGAGGACUGAUUCUAAACUGCUCUCAUUUCAAACCAGUGAUGCAGAUGCAGCAGAAAUAUGAAGUGGCUUUGGCCCUAAAGUCACGUUAUCCCGGAAACAACUCCCAGUAAAAGCAAAAAAUACUUAAAAUUACAGGCAUGUAUUUUUUAACGAGCGAUCCUCACAGAACUGACAUCACUCUGGUUUAUUUACAGCUCAGUAGAAGUGGUUCAAUAUCAGCUUAGAUCAUUUAAACAUCACGCUUAGAACAGAACCAUCAUAUAGUCCUUCACUUUGUUUCCUGCUACAGCAGAGGAGGAAGAAGGGAAAUAAUAAUGUGAUGUACAGAGAGAGAUUCUUCUUAGAGGUUCAUUUUAUACACACAACAGAAUUUAAACUUUCUGUUAUUAAAGCAAAAAAGGACAAAAUAGUUGUUGAUGCAGUGAAUAAAACAGCAGCACUUAUGACUUCUGUGGAUAGAAAUCUCUUUGUUACUGUCGAUAUUGCAUAUGUGCAUUUAUGCAUUUAUUUGAAAUGUUAUAGACUUGACAAUAUCACCACAUAGCUAAUAUAUAGCCAGAAUCUUAAUCUCCUAAGCAGAACUGCACCUUUUGGUUUGCUUUUUGUGUAUUUUUUUUCUGAGAAGGUUAAGCAAUCACAAUAUGUAACUUUAAAAAGUAUAUUAUUAUUAAUUUAAUGACAGUUAUGUAUAAUAAAAAUAAAGAUGUCAGUGGUCUUGAAGGUGCUUCUAAAAGUUGUAAUUCUGGUGGAGAGUAAUAAAGCCUUUUUCAUUUA